AUGUCGUCGCAGUGUCCAUAGGAGUGAUUGGCCACUGCUGGUCGCUGAGUGAUGAGGCUUCGCCCUCCCAGGAGCAAGGCGGAAGUGUGGAACACGCCUUGGGCUGGAGGCAGGAGAGGCAAGGUCGCGAUGAGUGGUCUCGGCCGACUCUUCGGGCGGGGAAAGCAGGAGAAGGGGCCAACCCCUGAAGAGGCAAUACAGAAGCUAAAGGAGACGGAAAAGAUACUGAUAAAGAAACAGGAGUUUCUGGAGCAGAAGAUUCAACAGGAGCUACAGAUGGCCAAGAAGCAUGGGACCAAGAAUAAGAGAGCUGCCCUGCAGGCUUUGCGGAGGAAGAAAAGAUUGGAACAGCAGCUGGCACAAACCGAUGGGACGUUAUCCACCCUGGAGUUUCAGCGUGAAGCCAUUGAGAAUGCCACCACCAACACAGAAGUGCUUCGUACCAUGGAGCUUGCUGCCCAAGGCAUGAAGAAGGCCUACCAGGACAUGGACAUUGACAAAGUGAAUGAACUGAUGGCUGACAUCACAGAACAACAAGAGCUGGCCCAGCAGAUCUCAGAUGCCAUUUCUCGGCCUAUGGGCUUUGGAGAUGAUGUGGAUGAGGAUGAACUGUUGGAGGAGCUAGAGGAGCUGGAACAAGAAGAAUUAUCCCGGGAGUUGUUAAACGUGGGCGACAAGGAGGAAGAACCCCCAGUCGAAUUACCCAGUGUACCCACUGCACAUCUGCCUGCAGGGCCAGGUACCCAGGCAGAUGAAGAUGAAGAAGCACUAAAACAUUUGAAAGAAUGGGUAUCCUGA